UUAGUAAAUACAGUGGCUGUAUUUGUGUUGUAGACAUCAUGAGACAGUUUCUCUACAGUACCCUCUCUUAAACCACUCUGAAUAACUUGUUUUUUAUUCCAGAUAUUUAAUUUUGCCAGAAUUUAGAUGGUUUCUCUUUAGAUGGUUAUAUUCCAAAUGUGUAUUCUAAAUAGUUGUUUUUUAUCCCAGACCCUGUAUACAGAUUAAACAAAUUCUCCGGAUAAAUUCUGGGCCCUCCAGUAAUUACCCUGAAUCUUACUGUAAAGCACAUGCUACUUCCCACUGCAUGCCAGUACAAAUAAACACGCACUGUAGUUAAUGUAAUUUUCCUCAUUAAGGUGUUUACUCCCUCCCUAUUCAAUUAUAACCAUUUUAUACAGAGAAACCAACCCCCCCUGGCUCUGCGCUCCAUUCACAAGGCAAAGAUCCCACAGCGAUAUUACGGGUCAAGAAGAUCUGGUGGGGUCAAAAGCGACGUGUGUGUAGAUGCUCUCAUGUGUUUUCAUCCAGAUGGGUGGGCCUAGUGCAGACGUGGGGGAGUGCAAAAGAGAAGAGAGCAAAGGGAGUGUUGUUCACGCAAAAGGAAACAGCCAUUUAGACGGUUAAGAAAAAAAAAACCUUCUGAAGAAAACAGCCCUUCAACCUACUGGAAAUUUAGAAAUAAAAGGGAAAAGGAGGAGUGAAGUAUGAGUGAAGGAGACUGAGGGAUUCACACAGGAGUAUAACUGAAGACACGUUAUUUGAUUUUUUCAUUGAUUGAGUGGAGUUGUUUAAGGUUUGUUUCCAGUCAGAAGUCAGAGGGACUGUCCAGCACUAUGGCCUACCUGCUGAUGUUCGUGACCCUGCUUCAUCUCAUCACACUGGCUGUCCUUUUCAUUGCCACCAUGGAGAAGUCCUGGUGGGUGUGGAGCAGCACAGAGAGCUCAGACCUCUGGUACAACUGCAGAUUUGACAAUGAGAAAGAGGCAUGGUCGUGUGAAUCCUCAAAAGAAACAGAGUGGCUCCAAGCUGUCCAGGUUCUGAUGGUCCUCUCAGUGGUCUUUUCCUGCAUAUCAUUCCUCAUUUUCCUCGGGCAGCUUUUCACCAUGUCUAAAGGAGGACUCUUCUACCUCACUGGCGUCUGCCAAGCAUUCGCAGGUGUGACAACCUUUACAGCAGCGCUCAUCUACACACUGCACAACAAAGAAAUCCUUGAGGACUCCAGAGAAUUAAACACGGGAUACUUUGGUUUCUGUUUCUUUUUAGCAUGGGUGUGUGUGCCUCUGCUAAUAUGGAGUGGAAUCAUGUACAUCCAUUUGCGCAAAAGGGAGUAGCUGAAGUUGGUUUGAACCUGCAAAGGAAAAGUUUAUUAAAAACUGUUUCACUGUAUAUAUUUAUACUGUAUAUAAGCUUGAUUAUAUCAAAUUUUCACACAGCCAGUAUUUAAGGCCUAUAUUUACAUUUUCUCCUGAAUCAAAAGACAUUCUAAGAGAAACAAUAUUCUCACAUACAUACAUACAAACAUUUAUUUGUAUUUCUUUUAUAAACUUUGAUAUUAAUCUUUAUGUUUGUUAGUAUGAAGAUUCUGUAUUUUUAUGAAUAAAACUUGUAAAAUGA